AGCCCUCUCUCUCUCUCUCUCUCUCUCUAAUAAAACGCUCUCUCUCUCUCUCUCUCUCUCUCUCUCCCUCGCUUUCUGAGAUCUCAACAAUUUGGCCUCGAAAAUGCAGAGCGCGGCGUUCUCUCACUCGCCCACGCUCUCUCUCCCGAAGCCUCGCAGGGCUUCGAACCAAACCUUCAACCCUAGAUUCGACCCGAUACGCGCCUCGUUGCCUUCGAAGCCCCACGGUCUCGCCAAUGUGUCCGUCUCUGCUAACUCCCCUCGCCGGUCGUGGUCUCUGUCCUCGUCGAACUCGCUCAAGCUCAGGCCCUGGUCUUCGGUCCCCGCGCCCGAGUCCGAUCGCGACGCGAAGAGCUUGGAGGUCAGAGCCACCUCGGUGCCCGAGAGCGCUGGCGAGAGCGCAGAAUCCAGCGGCUUGUCCAAGACGGUGGAGCUCGGGGCGUUGUUUGGGCUCUGGUACCUCUUCAACAUCUACUUCAAUAUCUACAACAAGCAGGUUUUGAAGGUAUACCCAUACCCUGUAACUGUCACCGCAGUUCAAUUUGCUGUUGGGACUGUAUUUGUUUCGUUAAUGUGGGGUCUUAAUCUCUACAAAAGGCCAAAACUUAGUGGUUCCCAGCUUGCAGCAAUAGUGCCACUGGCAGCGGUGCACACUUUAGGAAACCUUUUCACUAAUAUGAGUCUUGGAAAAGUUGCAGUUUCAUUCACUCACACAAUCAAAGCCAUGGAGCCGUUCUUCUCGGUCAUCCUCUCUGCUAUGUUUUUAGGGGAGACGCCAACUCCAUGGGUGGUUGCUUCCCUUUUACCAAUUGUUGGUGGAGUGGCACUAGCAUCGGUCACUGAGGCAUCUUUUAACUGGGCUGGAUUCUGGAGUGCAAUGGCUUCCAAUUUGUCAAACCAAUCUCGUAAUGUUCUUAGCAAAAAAGUCAUGGUUAAGAAAGAGGAAUCCUUGGACAACAUUACUCUCUUCUCAAUAAUAACAAUAAUGUCCUUUUUCUUCUUAGUCCCUGUGGCUAUCUUCAUGGAUGGUGUCAAGUUUACUCCUGCAUUCCUGCAAUCAGCUGGAUUAGAUGUUAGACAAGUUUACACCAGGUCUCUACUGGCUGCACUCUGCUUCCAUGCCUAUCAGCAGGUUUCCUAUAUGAUAUUGCAGAGGGUAUCACCUGUUACCCACUCUGUUGGAAAUUGUGUGAAGCGGGUGGUGGUCAUUGUCAGCUCUGUCCUCUUCUUCAAAACACCUGUCUCACCCAUCAAUACUAUUGGCACUGCAAUUGCUCUUGCUGGAGUCUUCGUGUAUUCACAGGUGAAGCGCCUGAAGCCAAAGAAAGCUUGAAGCUUUAUGGAGAAAUUUUUUUUGCUCAAAAGUUGAGUUUUUAGGUCAUAAAUCACUGCAUUCAAGUAUUUGUUUGUAGGUCAGGCCGGGAACUAAUUAGUAAUUUGGUUUUUCUUUUAUGGUGUAUGUAGCUCAUUUCUCAGAACUUUAAUUCUUUUGUGGACCAGGAGCAAAUGAUACUGCUCCCAGAAUCAUCCUAUCUUAUCUUUUUCUUUUCUUUUCUUUUCUU